GGAUUUAAACCAACGUGAUUCACCCUUUGGUAUCUUGCAUUGCAGCAUUUCAAGCGUUCUGUUUCAACCAAAGCCACGCAUCUUUCGAAAUGGCCCUCCGUAUGACUAGAAAUCGCUUGGCUUCCUCUGAGAACCAAACUGUUCUGCCGGGCAAAACUACUCUGGGAACCAAACCUACACUGAGACCACGAGCUGCUCUCGGUGAAAUAGGAAAUGUCGGAGUCACCAGACAGGCUUCGAAAAAGGAUUCCAAGGUAGAUCCCGCCAAGGUAGAGAAGAAAGUCACUACACGGGUGGGGAAGGCCCCAGAAGUCCAACAACCUAAAGCAGUUGCUGUUGUUCCCCCUGUUCAGCUUGAUGUCCAGGCUUUACCUGAGCCAAUGUCUCCCACACCAAUGGAGACCUCUGGCUGUGCACCAAAUGAUUUGUGCCAGGCCUUCUCUGAUGUCCUGCUUAAUAUCAAGGAUGUGGAUGCUGAUGACUAUGACAACCCUAUGCUCUGCAGUGAAUAUGUGAAGGACAUCUACAAGUAUCUCCAGCAGCUUGAGGUUGACCAGGCUGUUAAACCCAAGUAUCUGGAGGGACAGGAAAUUACAGGCAGCAUGCGUGCCAUCCUUAUUGAUUGGCUUGUCCAGGUCCAAAUUAAGUUCCGCCUGUUGCAAGAGACCAUGUAUAUGACUGUGGGAAUCAUUGACCGCUUCCUUCAGGAUAACCCAGUGCCCAAAAAGCAACUUCAGUUGGUUGGUGUGACUGCCAUGUUCAUCGCCUCCAAAUACGAGGAGAUGUACCCCCCAGAGAUUGCGGACUUUGCAUUUGUGACUGACAGGGCCUACACCACUGCCCAGAUCAGGGACAUGGAGAUGAAGAUCCUGAGGGUGUUGAAGUUCAGCUUCGGCCGCCCUCUUCCUCUUCAGUUUCUCCGCAGGGCCUCAAAGAUUGGGGAGGUGACUGCUGAGCACCACACCCUGGCAAAGUACUUUGUGGAGCUCACUAUGGUGGAUUACGACAUGGUGCACUACCCCCCAUCCCAGGUGGCCAGCGCGGCCUUCGCCCUCACCCUGAAGGUCUUCGACUGCGGCGAAUGGAACGCCACCCUGCAGCAUUACAUGAACUACACAGAAGACUGCCUGAUCCCGGUGAUGCAGCAUAUUGCAAAAAAUGUUGUGAAGGUGACUGAGGGGCAAACAAAGCAUAUGGCGGUGAAAAACAAGUACUCCAGUCAGAAGCAGAUGAGAAUCGCCUCCAUUUCGCAGUUGAAGUCUUCGUUGAUCAAGGAUCUUGCCAAGCAAGUCACCUCAUGAGAUACCUGAUUGUACUGUACAUAAUGUAAUUUAUGCAAUUGUUGUUUUUACAAGCUUAACCCUUGUGGGAGGUUAGUGUUGGGGAAAUGUACAGCUUGUGUUCCCACACCUGUGACAAGUCAUCAACAGGCUAAUUCCUAUGCAUGACUGUUUAAUCAUGGUGCCUGUCCCCAUGUCAGGCUUCGUAUUUUUAUAUUAAUCUUGUACUUUGGCUUUUUUUAAACUCUUUGUAUUAAUGCUGCUUGGUGUUCUGUGGGUCCUAUCUAGCUUGUGUAUAUGAUCAAGUAAUGCCAAUAAACAUUUUAAGCCUUUUAA